CUCAUUAAUUUAGAUUCACGUUCAGAAAAAUUCAAACAUGUCCAUUGGUUUUUAGAACAACUUUGUAAAUAUAUCUUUGAUAUGAAAAUCGAAAAAGUUUCAAAUUCAUAAAUUUAUUUUAAUUGAUUAAAAGAAAUUUCGAUUCAAAAGAGAUGGAAAUGAGUGGAGUGGUUCCAUUUAUAGCUAUGAUUGUUCAGCAAUUAGCACAAGUUGGAUUAGCUGUGGUAGCUAAAGGGGCUAUGUCAACUGGGAUGACUACUUUCACUUACACUUUCUAUUCAAGUGCUUUUUCAACCCUACUUCUUAUUCCAAUUUCAUUCUUCCUCCAUAGGUCAGCUAUUCCACCUCUUUGGCCUACUUUUCUCUAUGGAUUUUUCUUGCUUGGCAUAUUGGGUUUUUUGAUGCAAGUGCUUGGAUUACUUGGACUUCAAUAUUCCUCUCCAUUACUUUCCACAGCAAUACUGCAAUUAUGUCCAGGAUUCACUUUCAUUCUUGCUGUCAUUCUCAGGAUGGAAACUUUUGAAUACAAAAGUUUGAGCACAAUGGCUAAAACUAUUGGAACUUUGGUAGCAAUAAUAGGUGCAUUUGUUGCAACUUUAUAUAAAGGCCCUCAAGUUUUUGGAAUUAAUCCUUUAAAUACAAUAUUAACAACCCCUUCUGCUUGGGCCAUUGGAGGUUUACUCACUAUGAUUUGCUCUAUAAUUGCUUCUCUAUUUAUCAUUUCACAGGCAUUUGUCCUUAAGAAAUAUCCAGCAGAGUUGAUUUUAAUGUUGUUUUAUAGCUGCUGUGUUACAAUAUUAUGUGCUGUUUUCUCUUUGAUUGUUGAAAGAGAUUUGAAUUCUUGGAGUUUAAGCCCUCACAGCAGAUUAAUGGCCGUCGUAUACUCGGGUUUAUUUGGAAAUGUAUUCCAAGUUUGUAUAGGUUCAUGGUGUGUGAGGAGAAAAGGACCUCUCUUUGUUGUUAUGUUUCAUCCAUUAGGCAUUGUUAUUGCUAUGGCUGCUAGCAUAUUUAUGGGUGAAAUUAUUCAUGUGGGAAGUUUGGUGGGAUCAAUCAUCAUUGUGAUUGGAUUUUAUUCAGUAAUGUGGGGACAAAGUAAAGAAUGGACAAAGAAAGAGAAGAACUUGAGAUCAAACAACAACAAGAUUCCAUUUUUACAAGACAAAAAUGAUGAUGAUCCUGAGGUUUAACAUAUGAGAUGAUCUUUUAAAGGGCUAACACUUUGCUAGUGGGCUUAGUGAAAGUUCUUUUGGGUUGACAUGUUUAUGAACAACUACAUUGUAUCUCUUGAAUAUUCAUUUUGUUCCUACCUUGUUUUAAUCAAUAAUUUUCCGUGUAAC